CGAUUUGAAAACUCUCAGGAUUCCAGUGUUUUUUUUAUUGUUUUUGACGGUUUUUCAGUGCCCUACACUGUACCUAUGUCGCGAGUAGCGUCGUAGUAUUACGAAUCUCGCUCAGACUACAGUUUGGUCCGUUACGUAAUUUUUUUAUCAGCAGUAUGUCAGCUAUGCCUCUGAUCGAUAGAGUUUAAUUGGUUUAAUUGUGGCCCGCAUGAGCGAUCGAGAGAAGCGUUUUGUCGUCUGCUGCCGCUCCACACGUUCUUGAUGAUCGCGAGGAUUGUCAGAUAUGAUUUUUAGAAAUUCGGCCUGAAUUCGCGUUUCAUCGGAACCGACAUGGCAUGUGCUUUAGUCAGACGUGGGCACUUCGUGCUUGAACGGUUCAAAGCGUAUCCUGUUGUUUCAGUAACGACGAAUUUCUCGACGCAAGGACAUAAAAGCUACGACCUGAUUGUCAUCGGUGGAGGAUCGGGUGGCCUUGCGUGUGCAAAGGAAGCUCAGGCAUGUGGCAUGAAAGUGGCUGUGCUGGACGCCGUGUCGCCCUCUCCUCGGGGCAGCCGGUGGGGACUGGGGGGCACCUGCGUCAACGUUGGCUGCAUACCCAAGAAGCUUUUCCACCAGGCAGCGCUGCUGGGUGAAGCACUGAAGGAUGCGCACCUCUACGGCUGGAAGCUCCCUGGCCAAGCGGCGGCAGAACAGGACGGUGCAGUGAAGGCUAAGCUGAACCAUGACUGGGCCGCCUUGAGAAAUGCAGUGCAGGCGCAUGUGCGGUCCCUCAACUGGGGACACCGAGUGCAGCUCAACAAGAAGAAAGUGGACUACUACAAUGCUCAUGGAAAAUUUAUUGAAUGCCAGAAGAUAGUUGCCCAAGCUUCCAAUGGCAAAGAGGAAAUCCUUGUGGCCAACAAGUUUGUUAUUGCUGUGGGAGGCAGGCCAAUCGUUCCGCAGGAUGUACCUGGCCUUUCAGAUAAUGCUAUUACGUCGGACGACAUCUUCUCUCUGGAGAAUCCACCAGGAAAGACACUGGUGAUAGGUGCGAGCUAUGUUGCGUUAGAAUGUGCUGGCUUCUUGAAUGGACUUGGUUAUGACACAACUGUGAUGGUUAGGUCCAUUUGCUUGCGGGGAUUUGACCAGCAAAUGGCCAAGCUUGUGACUGACCACAUGACAUCAGAAGGAACAAAGUUCCUCUGGAAGUGCCUGCCCAAGGAGGUGAAUAAACUUCCAGAUGGAAAGCUGAAGGUCAAGUGGUGUAGUUCUGACGGUAAAAUCCAGGAGGACAUUUUUGACACCGUCUUGGUAGCUGUUGGGCGACAAGCUGAAACAUCAAGCCUCAAUCUGGAUGCAGUUAAAGUUGUCGUGAAUCCCAAAAAUAAGAAGAUCAUUGUCGACAAGGAUGAGCAGUCAUCCGCCAGAAACAUAUAUGCCAUUGGUGAUGUGAUCGAUGGAAAACCUGAGCUCACCCCUGUCGCCAUCCAUGCUGGCAAGCUUCUAGCACGACGGCUUGCUGGUGUGUCAUCUGAGUACAUGGACUACAGCAGUGUCCCUACAACAGUCUUCACGCCACUUGAGUAUGGUUGUGUCGGAAUCUCCGAAGAGCUUGCCAUUGAGACGGUUGGCCAAGAAAACAUUGAUGUGUUGCAUGCCUUCUACAAGCCAUUAGAGUACACUGUAGCCCAGAGAGAUGCUAGCCAUUGCUACAUCAAGGCAAUAGUGAAUCUGUCAAAACGAGAGCAUGUUCUUGGACUGCACAUGACAGGGCCCCAUGCAGGGGAGGUGAUACAAGGCUUUGCUGCAGCAUUUAAGUCUGGUUUGACAAGGCAUACGCUGGAGCAGACCAUAGGCAUCCAUCCUACAGUGGCUGAAGAAGUCGUCAAGUUGUGGAUAACGAAGCGGUCCGGGGAAGACCCGCAAGUCACGGGCUGCUGAGGUUAACUGGAACGUCUGCGCUCUAGAGCCGCUCGGCUAGGAAGAUGACCGAUCGGCUGCUCACACAUAGAGCACAGACGUUCCGUUACACUGACAGUGUUAAGUUGAGUUGCAGUUGUCUCUGCCAGGAUGACGCUGAUCCUUUAAAGCCAGACACUGGUUAGGGCCCAGCUGAUGAUGCAGCGACUGCACUGCUCUCUUUCAGAUGAUUGUAGUUCUUAUGCUGCCAAAUGUGUGGUGACCUUUUUAUCAUCUCAUUUGUUGUAUUAUUAAUAUCAUGUCAAUAAAUUUAAUAUUUAUGGCUUAUA